AUGUCACGUCACUGGUUAAACGAUCCCACAAAAAAGAACUUGCUGUUUUCUGUUGUUGCAAUAGGACAACUGCUGGGAACUCUUCCUGUUGUUCCAGCUUUGCUUACUUGUCUUUACAGGUACACCUUCUCACUUUAUGGAAUCUUGACAGCUUUUGCAACACUAGCGAUUCCAAUAGCUGUCGAUCUUGGGCAUGGUUUCCUUACAGCCAUGAGGAUCUUGCAGGGCUUCUCAAUGGGGAUCGUGUUUGUGAGCGUCGGUGCAAUCACAUCACAUUGGUCGGUUCACAGAGAGUCCGGAACCUACAUCGCUAUCCUUUCUUGCAGUCCACAACUGGCAGCCGUCCUUACUAUGCCACUGGCUGGUGCGUUCUGCGGGUCAUUUUCAUGGAGAUCACUGUACUACUCGUUCGGAAUGUUUGGGGUGCUGUCGACGGCGCUAUUCUUUCUCCUGUACAGAGAAGAUCCUAAGAAACACCGGUUUGUGAGUGCAAGAGAAUUGAAAGCGAUUUCGACUGGCAAGGAGGGGCAGGUGGUACGAGGACCGGUGCCUUAUAAAGAGAUCUGUAAAGACCCAUGUAUUCAAUCUGUCAUACUUUCAUCCUUAGGCGGCAAUACUGGGUUCUUCAUCUUUUUACACUUUGGACCGACCUUUAUGAACAAGGUAAGAGCUAUGGGUAUCGAUGUCGCUGACACUGGGUUUGCAACUGCUUUGCCCUACGCGCUGGCGGUAGCACUGAAGUUCGUCGCAGGGCCACUAUUCGACAUCUCAACAUUCAUAUCUGAAAAAAAUCGACUGAUCAUGUUUUCCUCUUUGUCUCAAGGUGUCAUGGGGUUCUGCUUUUUCGUAAUUUCUCAGGUAAAGCCUGGAAAGGUCAAGUUGAUAGCAAUCUAUUCGGCCAGACACCUCCAUAACCAAACAAAGAAACUCUAA